GUGGAUAAGCGAGUAGAGAGAGAGAGAGAGCAUGAGAGAGGGAAGUAGGGAGAGUGGAUAAGCGAGUAGAGAGAGAGAGAGAGCAUGAGAGAGGGAAGUAGGGAGAGUGGAUAAGCGAGUAGAGAGAGAGAGAGAGCAUGAGAGAGGGAAGUAGGGAGAGUGGAUAAGCGAGUAGAGAGAGAGAGAGAGCAUGAGAGAGGGAAGUAGGGAGAGUGGAUAAGCGAGUAGAGAGAGAGAGAGAGGACUAGAUCCAACUCUCGUUGCUGUAGCAUUUCCUUCUUGACCUGGAAUCCUAGAGGAGGAGAAGUGAGAGAGCAGAGCUUGUCCAUGGUGAUGGCAUUCAUUCUGUAGCAGGGCAGCUGAACAGGAGUAGCAUUAAGAAGAGGUCUUCAGAGGACAUUCACAUACAGCAGGGCAGACUGAGUCACUCCUGUAGGAUUACCUUAAGCACCACUCCAAACCUAACCCUGGCGACCAGAAAGAACAGGUAGAGGAUGAGGUCCAAGAGCAGUGGGGUGGAGAGCCCAGCCAAUGGGGUACUCGGGGUUCCCCAGGCAACACAAGACAUCAACCAGGAAGAGGGUGUAAAUCUGCAUACAACCAUAAAGAGUCUGAAGGUCAAAGUUCAACCAAACAUUGAGGAGUUGGUGGAGGAGGUGGUGGUGGUCUCUGACAUAGAGAAGUCAACCGAGGACAGCUUAGGUACUAGUGACAAAAGACUGGGAAUCAUGGACCUUACUAAAAAGGACCUUCUGAGGCUGCUAGGGAUCAUGGAAGGUGAGGUUCAGGCGAGGGAGGAUGUUAUCUGUGUGCUGAAGACUGAGAGGACACGUCUGGAAGCUCUGAAGUCCCACUAUGGUUCUGCAGCUCCUACCACAGCCCUCCAGGCCCUACAGAGAGACAGCCUUCUCACCAAUACACAAACACACAUUGACAAUGUCUACCAGUGGCCAAUGGCUGAGCUGGACCGUCUGCAGGAAAAACACAAGGACACGUAUCGGCGCAUGCUGGAACAGCUUCUAUUGACUGAGAAGUGUCAUCGCUGCACCGUGCACGAGCUAGACAGCGAGAAGCAAAAGCAUGCUGACUACAUGAACAAGAGUGACGAAUUCACUAACCUAUUGGAGCAGGAGAGAGAGAGAUUGAAGAGGUUGCUGGAGAAUGAGAAAGCCUACCAGGUCCGUAAAGAGAAGGAGAACACCAAGCGUCUGGAGAAGGUGAGGGAGGAGCUGGUCAAACUGAAGUCCUUUGCCCUGAUGCUGGUGGAUGAGCGGCAACUCCACCUGGAGCAGAUGGACCAGCAGAGCCAGAGGGUCCAGGAGCUGACCCAGCAGCUGUCCCAGAGGGAGCAGGACCUGAGCAACGCCAGUGCCCGGGCCCAGGAGGACAGACUGAGGGCCCUGAGCUUGGAGGGCGAGCUGAGUGAGUGCCAGGCCAAGUUUACCCAGGAGCAGGAAGAGAUUACAGCCAAGCUGGCCAGCCAGGAGUCCCAGAACCGCCAGUUGGAUGUCAAGCUGUCUGGACUCACCCACAUGCUGGAGGAGCUGGAGGAGAGCAACAGGGCUCUGAGGAGAUCAGAGGAGGAGCGCAAUGGGGCUCUGAGGAGGUCAGAAGACAUGCUGGAGGAGAGCAACGGGGCUCUGAGGAGGUUAAAGGAGGAGCUGGAGGAGAGCAAAUGGGCUCUGGGGAAGUCAAAGGAGGAGCUGGAGGAGAGCAACGGGGCUCUGAGGACGUCAAAGGAGGAGCUGGACGAGCUGAGGGACAAGAUCAGCAAAAGGGAUUGUGGGAACUCUAACCUAAUGACUGAACUGGAGAGCCUCCGCAAACGGGUAUUUGAGAUGGAAGGGCAGGACGAGGAGAUCACCAAGGCAGAGGCCCAGUGCAGAGAGCUGAGGAAGAGGUUGCAGGAGGAAGAGAGCCGAGGGAAAGAACUCAAACUGCAAGUGGAGAAGCUCCAGAAGAGAAUGGUGGAACUGGAGAGACUAGAGGGGGCGUUCAAUGCCAGCAAGGCGGAGUGCUUCCAGUUACAUGCCACUGUGGAGAGAGAGAAGGACGUGUCAAAGGAGCUUGCCGACGAACUGGUGGCCGUUAAGAUACGCAUGAAAGAGAUGGAAUCCUCUGAGCUGAGACUGGAAAAGACUGAGCAGGGCCUUAAAGAUGACCUGGCAACGCUGAAAUCAUUCACUAUGGUAAUGGUUGAUGAGAAAAAUAAUAUGAUGGAGAGAAUGCUGUUAGAGGAGAAGAAGAGGGAUGAUCUGAGUAAGAUGUUCAAAGUGGAGCAGGUCAAGGUCAUGGAGGUGACUGAGAGAUUGAUAGAGGAGAGUAAAAAGCUCCUGAAGUUGAAAUCAGAUAUGGAGGCCAAGGUUGGGACCCUCACCAGAGAGAAAGGAGAGCUUAGCACUAAGCUCACAUGUGAAAUGGAAAAGAGCAAGGAUCUGAGCUCCAAAGUCAGCCAAAUGAACAAGAGGUCAGAUGGAUUGCAGGAGGCAGAAAAUAUAUCCACAAAUAACAUAGCAAAGAGGGAACUGGGAAGCUUGUCAGAUGGGAGUUCGAAAGAGGACAAUAGGGUGAAGGAGCUAACGUUUGAAAUAGAGAGGUUGAAAAACCGUCUCAAGCAGCUGGAGGUUGUGGAGGGAGAUUUGAUAAAGACAGAGGAUCAGUAUGACCUGCUGGAGAAAAAGUUAAUGACGGAGCAAGACAAGGCCAACAUUCUCUCCCAGCAGGUGGAGGAGAUGAGGAGUCAGAUCGCCAGGACUAAAGCAAUAGAGAAUGGAGAGGUGGAGAGCCAGGAGGCAGACCUACGACAGCGCUGCAGGACAGAGAACGCCAACACCAGAGACUUGCAGAAUGACAUGGUAGCCCUCAAGGAGAAGAUCCAUGAGCUGAUGCACAAAGAAGACCAGCUCUCUCAACUCCAAGUGGACUACUCUUUCCUCCAGCAGAGGUUCCUAGAGGAAGAGGAGAAGAAGAACAACAUGAGCAUUGAGGUCCUCCACCUCACCAAAGAGCUGGAGGUGACCAAGCGCCACAGCCGCGCUCUACGACCCAGUCUGAACGGGAGGAGGAUGGUGGACAUUGCCAUGGCGUCCACAGGAGUUCAGACUGAUGCGCUGGCCAAUGAGACGGCAGAAGAGGACACCCCAGCCGUGUUCAUCAGGAAGUCCGUCCAGGAAGAGAAUCACAUCAUGAGUAAUCUUCGACAGAAGGGUCUCAAGAAACCCACAGAGAAAGCUGGUGGUCAUGAACGCUACUCACCCUCUGUUGCCGCUGACCUCAGCAUGAAGAAGUCCUGGAUUCCCUGGAUGAGGAAGAGGGAAAUCAUCCCUCAGGGUGGUAAUCUGGACAAGUCUGUCCAUAUCAACAGUGAAUCCAUGCAUUCUGAUCUGGCCAUGUCCCAGAAGCAAGGGCAGCCUUUACGCAUCAGAGUGACCCCAGACCACGAGAACAGCACGGCUACCAUGGAGAUCAGCAGUCCUUCUACUGAGGACCUCUAUUCCAGCUCCAGCCUCAGCCUCAGUCCCACCCUGCAGGGCCACCAGAAACCUCGGAUCACUAUCAUUCCCACCCACACCGCCGCAGCUUCAAGGGGAAAAGCCAGUGCCGGGCCAGGGGGACCAGAGAGGUCCAAGUCCCCGGUCACUGUCACCACCAUCUCCAGGGCCAAGUCACCAGAGAUCAGCAAGGCCUCCUCCUCAUCAGGCAGGCCCAUAUCACCCAUAUCCAUCAUGACAGUUAGCGCUUCUAUGGUGUCCAACAUGUCCACCUCCCCAGAGCCCCAGGAGAUGACCAUGGGCCGGGCCGUGUUCAAGGUGACCCCUGAGAAACAGAUGGUCCCCACACCGAUCAGGAAGUACAAUUCCAAUGCCAGUAUCAUCACCACCACAGAGGACAACAAGAUUCACAUCCACCUGCACGGCUCCCAGUUCAAUAAGGGCCCCUCGGAGGGUCACAGCAACACAGGACCCAAGGUGGUGGUUAGGCCUGUCGGCAUGGCAACAGAGUGUAGCAGAGAGAUGAUGUUAUCCACAGGCACGGUGUUGCGCUCCCCUCGCCAUAGUGCCACUGCUGUCAAAACCACACCCAGUAAAGUGAUGAGCAGCAUCACCAUCACUGCAGUCACGUCCACCCCUGCCAGACCAACACAAGCUGUGCAUGAUGCCCACCCACCCCGGGCAGGGCUCACCCGUAUCCCCAUGUCCAAGGGCCUGAAGACAGGCAAAGCCAUGCUGGGAGCCCUGGGGAUGUCUGGAGGAAUGAGGCUGGAGCAGAGAGCAGAAAGCCAGUCCAUGAGGAUAGAGCUGAAGAAAUCUACAAUCAGCAGCACAACAGCCUUUCAAAAUGGAGGGAAAAGCUGUUAGAGCCAGAGACACGAACAGGGAACAGAAGUCAAACAAGCUGACAACCCAUAGUAAUGUUCUAUGGGUCAAAGGUGCUCAGUAUAGAGGCACCAUUAAAUGACCUGGAGACAGAGAGCGAGGGGGGAAUGUCAUUUGGCUCCUCUCUAUUGAGCAGGAGCCUGAGUUGAUCAUUGUGUUCUUGUCUAACUGAAAACAGUACACAUAUCUAAUAUAUUAUAUUUUUAGAAACUAUUUAUAUUCUGUUCUCAGUGUUUGUAAUGUGGAUGAAAUCAACUGAACUGCGUUGUUUGAUAACCGCUGACGUGUGCAUGUUGUAAGGGGAGAGGCCGUGUGUAUUGUCAGGUAGUUCUGCUAUUAACUGCUUCAUGUGCUCGUUAGGGGACUGCUUCACCUAGUGAGCUUUUCAUUAUGCAUUUUUGUACUGCAUUUAAUAUGGAGGCCAUAUCAUUUGGUUUGUACUGCAUUUAAUAUGGAGGCCAUAUCAUUUGGUUUGUACUGCAUUUAAUAUGGAGGCCAUAUCAUUUGGUUUGUACUGCAUUUAAUAUGGAGGCCAUAUCAUUUGGUUUGUACUGCAUUUAAUAUGGAGGCCAUAUCAUUUGGUUUGUACUGCAUUUAAUAUGGAGGCCAUAUCAUUUGGUUUGUACUGCAUUUAAUAUGGAGGCCAUAUCAUUUGGUUUGUACUGCAUUUAAUAUGGAGGCCAUAUCAUUUGGUUUGUACUGCAUUUAAUAUGGAGGCCAUAUCAUUUGGUUUGUACUGCAUUUAAUAUGGAGGCCAUAUCAUUUGGUUUGUACUGCAUUUAAUAUGGAGGCCAUAUCAUUUGGUUUGUACUGCAUUUAAUAUGGAGGCCAUAUCAUUUGGUUUGCAGCAAAUUAAAUGUGUCCUUUUUAUGUAAAGGUUUUUAAAUAACCAUAUUUUUUAAAGAUGACCUACAGAAUAUUGUUAUGAGAAUACAUGCAACAUUGAGUGGACAAUGUUAAUGUUCUCUAACAUUAUUUUGGAUGCAUUCUUUGGGCAAGGCAUCAGUUGAACCAGACUCACUAUAGUAAUUAAUUCAUCUCACAUUCAUUUACUGACUAGGCAGUGUUUGUAUUGACUUGCUGUGUGUUAUGAAAUUGGAAAAUAUAUCAAUUGGAAAAUAUAUCAAAACAAAUGGCCGUAUACAUCAAUGCUUCUGCUGUGAUACACUGGAGAGUCACAGUCAUCUUUCAGUUGUGGAGCGCUCACUUGCCAUAGAGCAAUUCAAAUCAACUCGUUUAACAAGCUGCCUGUGUCUACAAUCACCAACCAUGUGCCCUCUGAAUGAAAGAAUAAUAUUGUUUCUAAUUUGCUCAAUCGACCAAUGAGAGAAUCAAACCUGUGUCAUUAGAUGGGUUUGUUGUGAGUCAAAGGGUAACUAGCCUGACACCCCCCAUGGGAAAUGUAUGUAUAGAAAUAUAGGAAUUCAAAACGCGUCAAAAUAUAUUUUGUAAUGUCUAUGCCAUAAAUUAAAUAUCUCUACAUGUUUUAAAUGUGUAUAAAACAGACCUGCCUUUACAGUUUGUAACGUAACUCAAUGCACAAGCAAUGAGCAUUGUCAAUUAUAAUAGAACACAUUGAAUUAAUGUGAACAUGAUGAAACAAUUGAAAGAAACAUAAUUGUAAUACA